CGCCACCCAAGCGACCGACAACAAUUGGACAACCUGAUUUGGAAACGAAAAUUGGACGUCAUCUGGCGUCCACACCAAGCAAGGCAUCAGACAUUUGACUAUGAAUGUCCCAUGCUCGCAGGCCAAACUCUGCAUGAUAUCGAUCUCGAAGUCAGUCUUGGGCAAUGGGCUUUCUUUUACAAGUAUAAAGCUGGUAAGGCCGCACUACCUCGCAAUGAAGAAGUUGCAAGACCAUCUAUGUAUAUGCCCGUGAAAGGACGUAAAACGCAAAGCCUGUACGCGUCCAACUUUCUAACACUCUCGAUCAGAUCGAGAAAUCCUCUCAGUUCUCAGUUGACACUGCGACCUUCUCCGCCGGAAGUCAAGGUCACUGGACGAAGGUCAUCUGCCCAUCGCGGUUCGCACCGUCCAAACUUUGUUCACGGGCGUGCGUGAUAUGGGAUUAGAACGCAGUGGGAGCAAAGGGCAAGCUAAGGAGCUAAAGUUUGCUGUCUAUGUGUGAAGAUGGGAUGGGAUUAGGACGGCCACUCGACUGGCUAUAGUCAGGCGUGGCAUUGCGAAAAAGAAAAGGAAGGGUAUAUUUAGGAGGAGUUCUGGACGGCCACCCUUUGCCUCUCCCCGUCGACGAGACGAACGAACGAGCCAGCGAACGAACUUACCUCCAAAUCCCAAGUCCCAACCCUGCAAGUCGGAAUGUCGAUGUUGAUGUCCAGGACCUUACUCAGCGGAGCCUUACGCUCUCGCGUCUGCGCACCCACCCUCCGUCUCCUCGCCCCACGCACAUUCAGCACCACCUCCCCAAUCCCAGCCCCGACCCCGACCCCGCUCAACGUCACCGCAACCAAAGGCACCCUCCCCGUACAAUCCACCUCCCCGCACGCCCCCCUCGGCGUCCUCGCCGCCCUCGCCUAUGCCUCCUCCCCGUCCUCCCCCUCGCUGACCCCCCGCUCUAAGCUCUCUGAUGAGUUUUCGUUGGCUGAUCGCGUCGGGCUCGUCUCUGGCGCGAAUCGCGGCCUGGGACUCGAGAUGGCUAUGGCCCUGUCCGAGGCUGGCGCGCGUGCGGUUUAUUGUAUCGACCUACCAGAAAAACCGGGGAGGGAGUGGGAGGCCGUGAGGGCGUAUGUGGCUGAGAUGGGGAGACGGGAGGGUAGGGAGGCGAGGGUGGAGUAUGUGAGGGGGGAUGUGACGGAUCAGAGGGGGAUGUGGAGUAUUGGGGAGAUGGUGGCGAAGAGGGAGGGGAGGGUGGAUGUGGGGGUUGCGGCGGCGGGGGUGUUGAGGGAGGAUACGGAUUGUUUGGAGUAUCCUGCGGAGGAGUUUAAGAAGGUGCAUAAUGUGAAUGUGAAUGGGGUGUUGUUUACGGCGCAGGCUGUUGGACGACAGAUGGUCAAGUUUGGCACGCCGGGGAGCAUCAUCCUGAUCGCGUCCAUGAGCGGCAGCAUUACGAACAAGGACCACGCAUGGGUAUCGUACAACUCGAGCAAGAGCGCAGUGUUACAGAUGGGCCGGAGCAUGGCCUGCGAGCUGGGACCGAAGAAGAUCAGAGUGAAUACGCUGUCGCCAGGCCAUAUCUACACGACGAUGACGGCCGCAUAUCUGGACGAACAGCCGGAACUGCUGGCCAAGUGGUCGGAGCUGAAUCCGCUCGGUAGGAUUGGACGUCCUGACGAGCUGCGAGGAGUCGUAUCGUGGCUCGCGUCUGACGCAUCAACGUUUUGUACCGGAUCCGAUAUUCUGGUCAGUGGGGGACAUCAGGCGUGGUGA